ACAUUCUCACACUCACACAGGAGAAGAGCACACUUCAUGCCCAUUUCUUCCAUUUCCAUUUUCAAAUCCUCUCGUCGUCUUCAAAAUCAAAAAAAUUCUCAAAACCCUUUUUUUUCCAUCUAGAAUUCGAUAGGAAUAUGUUGCUCAAGGCUUCUCCUGCUUUCGCUUUGUUGAGCGCCCAUGGCGACAAUCUGGGUCCUCUGUUUUCCUCUGUUUCUUCGUCGCCUAAUACCCUUUCUCUUUCGAUUCUUCGUGGAAAAGUUUCCACUGGGUUUGUUGUCUGUGCGUCAAAGGGUGCAACUGAUAAGCCGUUAACUGGUGUUGUUUUUGAGCCCUUUGAAGAAGUUAAGAAAGAGCUCAAUCUAGUCCCCACUGCCCCUCAAGUUUCUCUUGCUAGACAGAAGUAUUCUGAUGAGUGCGAAAUCGCGCUUAAUGAACAGAUCAACGUGGAGUAUAAUGUCUCCUACGUGUAUCAUGCCAUGUUUGCUUACUUUGACAGGGACAAUGUUGCGCUAAAGGGCCUCGCCAAGUUUUUCAAGGAGUCGAGUCUUGAAGAAAGAGAGCAUGCUGAGAAAUUGAUGGAAUACCAGAACAAAAGGGGUGGGAAAGUUAAGCUGCAGUCUAUAGUGAUGCCCCUUUCCGAGUUUGAUCAUGUGGAGAAGGGAGAUGCAUUGUAUGCAAUGGAGCUUGCUUUGUCUCUGGAAAAAUUAACAAAUGAGAAGCUUCUAAAGUUACACAGUGUUGCUGAGCAGAACCACGAUGUGCAGUUGACAGAUUUCAUUGAAAGCGAAUUUUUAGCAGAGCAGGUGGAAGCCAUCAAAAAGAUUUCUGAAUAUGUUGCUCAGCUGAGAAGAGUGGGCAAAGGACAUGGAGUAUGGCACUUCAACCAGAUGCUUCUUCAUGAGGAAGAGACUGUUGUUGCAUAGUGAUGGAGAAAUCAUAUUUGCUGCUUAGUUACCAUUUUGAAGUGUGUUGGACCCCAUGGGAGACAGAAGUUGAUUUCUGGUCCUUCUGUUGAGGAGAAAACUUGAACCAGAAGCUUGGGCUGCCCCACUGGAAAUGUGGGAGGUGGGCUAUUGGCUGGAUUUCUCUUUCAGGCUACAAGAAAAGACAUGGUUUAUUACUUUAUUUAGACAUUUAAAUACUUCAAGGCCACAACAAUAUUACAAUUCAAAGGACAUGUCAAUUUGGAUAUUAAUUGUGCUAACUGACCUUUCAUUGGCUCUUCCCACAAGUUUUGAAUGCAAAACAUCAACAUUCCUGUGAUUGCUUUAUGUCAAUUCCCAUAACAGCAAAAUGGCCACCACGAAAGGUAAGAGCAUGCAAAAUUUAGUUCAAAAUGGGAGAAAAAAAUUUUAUUACUUAAUUCAGAAAUUUGGUUUACUUUUUAG